ACAGAAUUGAUUUCGCAUAUUUGACUUAAAUAAAAAUAAAGUAGAAUUAUGUCGUCGUUCAUUGAGGAAACAAAAUGCCUGUUGCCGCGCAUUACUUUAAUAGCAUGCGGCUGUUUUAGUCCGCCCACUCCAAUGCAUAUGCGAUUGUUUGAGAUAGCCCGGGAUCACUUUGAGAUGGCGGGCACGCACAAGGUCAUCGGCGGCAUUAUAUCACCCACUCACGAUUCGUAUGGCAAGAAGGGAUUGGCUCCAGCACUUGACCGUUGUGCCAUGGUGAAAUUGGCCCUACAGUCAUCCAAUUGGAUACAUCUGUCCGACUGGGAGGUGCGACAGUCUCAGUGGACACGCACAACAUCGGUAUUGCAAUUUCACCAAAACUACAUAAACAAUUUUAUGAAUUUAUCAUCGACAAGACCGAAAUAUGAAAAACUGAUACAUGAAUGGUUACCUCUUGCCAUUGGCGAUCGUAAAGAUCCAGUAAAUGUGAAGCUAUUGUGUGGUGCAGAUUUGCUUGAAUCAUUUGCAGUUCCAGGCCUAUGGGCAGAAUCAGAUAUUGAGAACAUCGUGGCAAAUCAUGGACUGGUGGUCAUUACACGCUCCGGCUCAAAUCCGGAAAAGUUUAUAUUUGAAUCGGAUAUUCUAACUAAAUAUCAGCGUAACAUUACGCUGAUUACCAAUUGGGUGCCGAAUGAGGUGAGCUCCUCCAUGGUGCGUCGUCUUUUAGGUCGUGGCCAGUCGGUGAAAUAUCUUCUAGAUGAUUUGGUUCUUGAAUAUAUAAGGCGUCAUCGUUUAUAUAAUAUCACAUCGCGCUACACGAUUACACUAAGACCCACCAUCACUAUCACACCACCUUUAGUAGAUCAGAUAGAUCAGAUUGCACAACCAGAGCAACUUUUUAUUUUGUUUCCCAAACAGCAGGCAGGAUGUUCCGCCUGAGGGCAAUGCCAACUUUCCCACCUCAACCCCAGCAUGACGAACUCGUCAUCACCAUCAUCCGCAGCAACAGCAGCAGCCACAGCAACAGCAAAAGUCGCACCCGCACCAAAUGCAUCGUUACCAUCAGUCAAAGCAAGCACUUCGUCUGCAGUGGCGCCUGUUUAUGGAGUGUGAGUCAGCGCAAUUAGCAGAUGCCAAGAAAAAUGCUUGGAAAUUCCAAUUGCAAAGUUCUUAGUAUUCGUUUCUUGCUGUGGCGUGUAAAUAUGUAAUAUAUUGGGCAUGAUUCUCUUUGAUCAGUCGUCGAAUUUGUUUUAUCCUUAAAUAUCUAUAUCAAUACGGCUUGUAUAAAUAUGUAAUGUAAAUAUUUUAGUUUGGUGGUCAGUGUACGUAUCACGCACCAUUCGUUUGCACCCCGUUAAAUUUGCCAAAGAAUCUUUACCAAAUAACCAUUAA